CAGCCGCCCCAGGCGCAGCCCGCCGGGCGGAAGGCGGGAAGCUCGCGGUGGGAGGGCGCCGAGCCUGGCCCCUGAGGGAGCGCCGGCGGCGGUCUGCGGAGCGCCCCUGCAUCCAUGCGGGCUUGCCGCGUCUGGAACCUCCGGCUGUCGCAGCAGCCUCUCCUCUUGCCUUGGGAGAGCUCUCCCGUGACCCGACGCUUCGCUGUCACUGCCCUGCUUGCUGUGCAGUCGUGUCGUCCCAUCUCCUGGUGACACCCUUUCACACACUCGCCGCCGUUUCCCUCCAGUUCAGCUUAAGCUAAAACUGGCUCCUUAACUGUGGCCUCAGGUCUCUACCGAAAACAACAAAGGUUACUGCCAAGCUCUGUGGUUUACCUGCCCCAGCAGUAAACCAGCUACAGCCGUUCUCCAACUGAUGUCCCAUUCAGCUUAGAAGGAGCUCUGUGGUGGUUUCAAGUUCACAGGUUGUGGUUACUGGCAUCUAGAGGUGCCAUUUUUGGGGCAACAAGCAAUAUAACAUGAAUAACACCAAGCACCAGUCUCUAUUUUUCCUCAGUCUGCCAGAGCUACAAAAACUCUGUGCUGCUACAGUGACACUGAGUUCUCACAUACCAGAAUCUGAGGCCAGGAGUACACAGAUAAAGAUUUGCAGACAAUUAUUAUUCCUCCAUCCAGAAACUCUUUCUGCACCUGUUAUUGGAACAUUAAAUCAAAUUUCAGUUGUCAUGGCGAUACCAUUUUACAAAUCAGGGAUAUGCCAAGCCUAUGUAGAGCAGCAAGGAGCUACCUUGGAAGCACCACAAGCUGUUAGUCCAGCUAUUCUCCAAGCCUGUCUCUCCUACACACUUGUAGCCAAACUUGCACCCAGAUGGAACAAGGCUGGUCAUCUCUUAGUGCAAGGAAGAGAUUUUUUGUCUUGUUCAGGAAAGCAAAAUGCUGUUGUUUUAGACCUUAAUGUGUCAGAGAGACAGCUCUGCAUCAGCGUGGAGGCUUGUUUAAUUCGGUUGCCACCCCCUGAGCUGGGAGAAUUUGAUAUUUUAGCAAAUACCUUAAAGCUGUUUGACAGCAAUGAAAACAUGGUUUUUCACCAACAUUCCAUAUUAAGUAACUGGUGCUAUGUUUUGCCAAGCAUGAAAAUGGGUCAGAUCAUAAACAUCAGCCACAUAAUUCCUCCAGAAUCUCCUUUCCAUUCAUAUGAAGAAUUUCAGAUGCACUGGAAGAAUCUGUAUGGAUAUGUUCUUCCAGAGGAUCUUGAGAAGACAAAAAUAUAUGCCAGUGUUUACUUCAAGCCAAUAGGGGAAAGAUUCUUCACGUACCCUUUAAGUUGCAUUCGAAGUCAGCCAGUGCAGUAUUUCCCCAGAACAGAUUCAGAAAGCGUGUUGAACUCAUUUCUUUCUGACAUGAAGCUUAAUCUUUCCCAUCUCUGUGGAUUUCCAGUGAAGAUGACAAGUAAAGCACUUUAUGCUACACAGGAACUCUCCAGGGCUCCGGAAAUAAAAUCUGAGUGUAAGAAGUUGGCCGAUGAGAUGGUUUGUGUAGUAUCCCUAGCACAGGCUCCUCCAAGGAAGCGGACUUUGCCUGCAGUUCCUUCAUCGUGCAGUAUGGAAAACAGCCACUGGAUGGAGCGUUUGGUCAGAGAGCCAGAAGAACACACUUUGCUGGGUAGCUGUAAGAGUGCGGAGAAGUUCACCACUGAAGCCACGGGGAAAUCCAUGAAUAACAGGCCACCACCAGGAGUACCAGAGUUACCAGACGGGAGAUCUUUAGGAAUGCCUGUGAAUUCAGAUUUGGAACUCCCCCCCAAAAGAGUCAGCAAAAUUAUACCAAUCUUCAAAGGAAAGUUGAUACAAAUGAAUGGAAGGAUCACAAAUCAAGUGGGUGGCAAGAGGAGAGAAAACACUGAGAGACAUUCACCAGUACAAAUGAUGGGUGUUUCAUCUUCUAUGCUGAGUGUGCACGAGUCCAGCAUAACUCAGGUUUGCAAGCCUGUCCAAACUAUGUCAGUCAAAAGUCCUCCCCAGAGCAGCAUACUUCAGGUAACAAAUAUGAAGACACACACAAAACAUACUGCACACAUCUUUCAGUGGAAAGCACAGGCUGGUAGGCGAAUGGCUAACUCUGAUUCUGCUGACAGCUCAGCAUCAGGUGGGAAUUCAACUGAACUCAGUUACAAAAAGGCCAAUUCUCCUUCCUUUCCUAAGAAUGUUGGGCCAGUGCUUCAGAAACCAAACAUCCAUCCCAGUCCAAAUACUUACGCAUCUCCUCCUUCCAGUGUGAGAAGGGGCAAAAAGUUCCUAAGUCAGAAUCCCUCGCAAAUUCUUGAGAAACAACUCCAGUCAAACAAAGUACCUUUGCAGAUUUGUAAAUUAGACAAGGAAAUGACAAAUUUUGAUCUAUCACAGCCACAAACAAAGAGAUCAAAUGAAGAAGCAGGGUUAAAUAUUCAUGGAUCUGUCUCAAACGAUACAAUGCGCAUUGCCAGAAGCAAGGAAAAUAAAGCAGCCUGUCGUGCUCAGGACUACAUCACCGCAGCAGCCUCUCCUCACUCCAAAUCUAAGUUGGAACAGGUUCCCAAGACAACAGUAACAUUCGUGAGGAUGUCUGAGCUUUGUGAAUUUUGUCUGUUUAUUUUACAUCCCUGGUACCUGUUUCUGGAUGAAGAACUGAAGGUACAUGAAGCUGUCAAAGCACAAGAGCCCUUGGCAUCUAGCAACACCUGGGGCCUCUACAGAUGAUGUCUGCAGGUUGAUUUCUCAAGAUUAAAGGCACAGACUCUUCCAACCUGCCCCAGAAUAUAGAAACAGAACAUCAGGAACAAGUGGAAAUGUAAAAGCUUAAAAUAACCUCUAGUUGUGAGAAACUGGUGAGAAAUUAAACAGCAGAUGUCACCUGCA